AUGAGGCCCAAGGUACUCGAGAUAGCCUGGCACGAGACCCAAGCGGUCUACUCGUGCGACUUCCAGCCGCUCCCGCCCGCGCAAUUGAAGCGCUUGCUUCCUAUAGGGCACGAUGACGAAGACGGGAAAGACAAGGAGAGGGAGCGCGAGCGGGCGGUCAUAGCGGGCGGAAGAAGCUACCGGAUGGCUACAGCUGGAGGGGAUUCGAAAGUCCGGCUGUGGAUGAUCCACCCAAAUAUUCCUCUCGCGAACCUCUCGGCGCACGUUGCUGCGACGGGACAAGACAUUGCGCCUCAUCCACCACGGGCCGAGUACUUGACCACGCUCAGCAAGCAUACUGCCGCUGUGAACGUUGCGCGGUUUAGUCCGAAUGGGCAGACAUUGGCUUCAGCCGGUGAUGAUGGGAACGUCAUCCUCUGGGUGCCAUCAGACAAGCCUGUGACCAACUUUGGGGAGACGAGCGAGGAGGUCGACAAGGAGAAUUGGAGAUUGCAGAAGAUGCUCCAGGUGACAACGAAGCACGUCUACGACUUGGCAUGGAGUCCCGACGGGGAGUUCUUCAUCGCUGGUAGUACCGAUAAUACCGCUACAAUCUGGAAAGCUUCAACAGGCGAAUGCGUCUUUGCGCUUCGGGAGCACUCGCACAAUGUACAGGGGGUGUCGUGGGACCCUCUGAAUGAGUACAUCGCGACUCAGAGCUCGGAUCGAUCCGUUCACGUCAACACCUUCCUCUUCAGGAAUGGCUUGCCGGAUGUACAUCCCGUUUCCCGCGCCAGUCGGAUGGAGUUGCGCCAGUCUCGUACACCCUCUAUGCCAUCCUCAUCUCGCCCAUCCAUGGUCCGAAGGGGAUCAGCCACUUCGGAUGCCGGCUCAGCAAUCACCUCGGCCUCGGAGUUGCCAGACCUUUUCCCUGGCCUCCCACCAGUCCCUCAUUCGGCCAGCGCUACGCCUAUCACUCCUUCCGCAUCGGUCCCUUCCACACCUCUGCCCGGAGCGGCCAUGAACCCUCCUCAUUCAACUACGAAACCCGGGUCCCGCCGUUCUUCCUUCUCCGGCAGUCAAGCGGCUGGCUCUCCUGCCCUCAGCGCAGCCGCCUUUCCCGGUCGAGGUCGGAGUCCAAGCCCCAUGCCGCAGCUUCCGGCCAUUCGGGCGCCGCCGCCGGCGAUCAUGCAAAAGUUGUACGGGGAUGAAAGCGUUACUCGCUUCUUCCGUCGGCUGUCGUUCUCCCCGGACGGAAGUCUGCUCAUGACCCCGGCAGGGCAGAUCGAGGACCAGCUAUUCAAGGGAUCGCCCAUGCUCGGUCCCCGCUCCAUGUCGCAGGACGGCUCCGAACCUCCUGUACCCGCAGGCGGACUCACCCGGCCCAAAAACAUCGAUGCCGGCCGACCUACCGUUUUCAUCUACUCGCGAGCCAAUCUUGCUCGUGCCCCAAUAGCCCACCUACCCGGACACAAGACCGCCAGUGUCGCCAUCCGCUUCUCGCCCAUCUUUUACGAUCUUCGGAGUCACGCGAGCAACGCCGAGCCAAAACACGUCAUGCUCGACCGAGAGGAGAAGGGACCGGUACAUGUCUCGUUGACCAUGCCGCCCCCUCCACCGCCGCCAAAGGAGAAGGACGGGAAGAAGGAGGAUGAGAAGGAAAAGAAGGAGGGUGCGCUGGGGAGUGUGUUCGCACUCCCGUAUCGCCUGAUAUAUGCGGUGGCAUGCCAGGACAGCGUAUUGCUGUAUGAUACGCAACAGGCCGGGCCUAUUGCGAUCUUCAGGGGGCUGCACUAUGCGGGAUUCACAGAUAUCGCUUGGUCACCAGACGGCCAGACUCUCAUGCUGGCCUCAUCGGACGGGUACUGCUCCAUAGUCGUUUUCGACCUCGCCGAGCUCGGAACAGUCCACCCUACCCAGCAACAUCACCGUCAACUCGCCGCUAUCGCACAAAACCACGCCUCACAUCCAGUGCCUGCCCCAUUGCACCACCACUCCUCAUCCCUCUCCAACUCGGGCGGCCAACGCGACUCGUUCGGCGGCGCGUCUGUACCCCACUCACCUGCGGCCUCGAUGAUGCGCCAGUCACCCGCGCCGACCCGGUCAGAACGGGAAGGGUCUACCAGCUCGAGCGUCCUCGGUCUGGGACCCUCGCAGUCGCUCAACCUUCCACUCUUUGUGCCUCCGCCAUCAGCAAGCUCAAGUACGGACCGGACGGACCACGUCAUCUCUACGCCGAGCGAGGAGGUGGAUGCGUACAGCUGGCGCACAGGUCGAGGGGGACGAAGCGGGAGUGAAAGCAGUGCCAGUGCGAGUGUGAGCACGAUGGCCGGAGCGGCGGGACGUUUGCCCUCGGGCGGAGAGCAGUACGAGAAGCGGCCGAGCAGCGCGCAAGGGGGACAAGGGGACGGUGCCGCUGAAGAGCAACCAAAGAAGAAGAGACGAGUCGUUUUGACGCAUUUGGGGUCGGAGGAUAGUUGA